CUGAAGUUUGGAGUUAAGAAAUGUCUGCUGUCAGUGUCUCGCUCGGCUCAACUUUGCUGUUUUUCAGCGUCUUCGUGGUCGUCUCUGCAGUCCAGAUAAACAUCACAACCGAGUCUGGACAGGACGUCACUCUGCCAUGUUGAGUCACAAAUAACAUCACAGCUGUAGAGUGGAGCAGAGCGGGCCUGGGACAGAAAAAUGUCUUUUUGUACCAAGAUGGGCGUUUUGUUCCAAACAACCAGCAUCCAUCAUAUAAGACCAGAGUGGCUCUCAGAGGGAUGAAGGAUGGAGACGUGUCUUUGAUCCUGAAGAAAGCGACCACUGCUGACUCUGGAACAUACAAGUGUCGUGUCUUUUUGAGAGAAACAGGCUCAUGGAAGUUUACCAUCAUCAACCUGAGAGUUGAUCCUCCAGUCCAGAUAAACAUCAUAGCUGUGUCUGGACAGGAUGUCACUCUGCCCUGUCGAGUUACAAAUAACAUCACAGCUGUAGAGUGGAGCAGAGCUGGCCUGGAACCGAAAAACGUCUUUUUGUACCAGGAUGGGCGUUUUGUUCCAAACAACCAGCAUCCAUCAUAUAAGAACCGAGUGGCUCUCAGAGGGAUGAAGGGUGGAGACGCGUCUUUGAUUCUGAAGAAAGUGACCACUGCUGACUCUGGAACAUACAAGUGUCGUGUUAAAAUAGCAGAAACAGGCUCAUGGAAAUACGUCACCAUCAAUCUGAAAGUUUCUCCAGACCAGAUGAACAUCACAGCCGAGUCUGGACAGGACGUCACUCUGCCCUGUCAAAUUACAAAUAGGAUCUCAGCUGUAGAGUGGAGCAGAGCUGGCCUGGAACCGAAAAAUGUCUUUUUGUACCAGGAUGGGCAUUUUGUUCCAAACAACCAGCAUCCAUCAUAUAAGAACCGAGUGGCUCUGCGGGACAGACAGAUGAAGGAUGGAGACGUGUCUUUGAUUCUGAAGAAAGUGACCACUGCUGACUCUGGAACAUACAAGUGUCUUUUUGAAAUAGCAGAAACACGUUCAUGGACAAACAUCACCAUCACUCUCAGUGUUCCUCUAGAACACAAAAUCCUCCCAGCUGAGUCUGGACAGAAAGUCACUCUGACAUGUCGAGCUCCAAACAACAGUAAACGUGUAAAAUGGAGCAGGGUUGACCUUAGAGAUAAAUAUGUCCUUUUGUACCAGGACGGGCAUUUAAAUCCAGACAACCAGCAUCCAUCUUUUAAGAACCGUCUGACUUUGCAGGACAGACAGAUGAAGAAUGGAGAUGUGUCUUUGAUUCUGAAGGAUGCGAACACGGCUGAUAGUGGAACAUACAUGUGCCGUGUCUUCAUGGAGGAAACACGCUCGUGGAAAUUGCUCAUUAACAACUAUCUGAUUGUUGCUCCUCCAGGUGAGUGA